UCCAAAGAAGCCAAACAAAUCAACACGCCAACAUGUUCAAAUCCGCCGUCGUUGUCCUCGCUCUCGUUGCCUGCGCUGCUGCCAAGCCAGGACUUCUGGGUGCUCCUCUGGCCUACAGUUCUCCCCUGGCUUAUGCUGCCCCCGCUGCUGUUGUCGCCGCGCCUGCUCCUGUGGUGACUGCCACGAGCAGCCAGGUGAUCGCCAGGAACUACAAUGGAAUCGCUGCUGCUCCAGUGAUCGCUCCCGUGGCCACUCCUUUGGCUGCUCCCGUGAUUGCGAAGUACGCCGCUGCCCCUCUUGCCGCUCCCCUGGCCUACGCUUCCCCUCUGGCGUACAGCGCUCCUCUUAGUUAUGCCGCUGUUCCUUCCCCCCUUCUCGUCUAA